AUGGAUAAGACAUAUCCAGGUUCUCACAUAAGAAUGGAAAAAUCAUCAAAGAAUGAAUUCAUGUGCGUGUAUAUAUCAUUGUAUGCAUUUAUAAGGGGGUUUGAUCAUUGUAGACCAAUUGUUGUAGUGUACGGAAGUCAUCUAAAAUCCUACUACACCGGAACAUUCGUUUCUGCAAGCACGUUGGAUGGUGCAGAGAACGAUGCUGCUUGGACGUGGUUCUUUGAGCAAUUCAAGAUAGCAUACGAUGUAAGGGAAAACAUGUGCAUUGUUUCGGAUAGAAAUGAGAGCAUCAUUAAAUCUGUAUCGAGAGUGUAUCCGGAUGUACCGCAUUGUGCUUGCAUAUGGCAUCUAUGGAAUAACGUAUACAAGAAAUUCAAAAAGAGCCAUGCCAAGUUGAGUGAGAUAUACUUCUCGAUGGCAAAAGCAUACACACAAACUGAAUUUGAUAGUCUGAUGGAGAAGGUUGAGAAGGUAGAUAUUAGGGUGAAAGAAUACUUAGAGUUAGCUGGUUUGUGGGCUAGGUUGUAUGCACCUGUUAACAAGGGAUGGACAAUGACGUCAAAUAUCGCUGAGUCAAUCAAUGCAUCACUAGUUUCAGCAAGGGAAUUGCCAAUAUAUGACUUCCUCGAAGAAGUUAGGAAGAUAUUUGGUCGUUGGAAUUGUAGUAACCGUAAAGAAGCUACUCAGACAUACAAGACGCUUGGGAAAAAAUACCAGGAAAUGCUGGAGUUGAAUGAGACCAUGUGUACCCGUAUGACUGUGGUACCCUCAACUGAAUACUUACAUACUGUUAACGAUGGUGGGAGGAAUUACACAGUCUGCCUGCUCGAGAGAAAAUGUGUUUCUGGGAGGUUCCAAAUUGAUGAAUUGCCAUGCCCACAUGCCUGGGCUGUAUUGAAGAGCAAGUUUUUAAUGCCUGAAGAAUAUUGCUCUAGCUAUUACAAGCCAAGUACAAUUGUAAUGACAUACGAUGUGCUAGUAUCCCCGCUACCGGACAAAAAUGACUGGAAUAUACCAGAGCAUGUUGCAAAGGAGGUUGUACUACCACCCAAAUGGAAAAGACCUCCUGGAAGGCCAAAGAAGAAGCGCGACAAAAAUUUAAGUGAAUUGUUGUUGCCGAAAAAUCAACAUUCAUGUAGCAUAUGUGGGCAGGGAGGACAUAACAAGCGAACUUGUAGGAAUGCUCCACGUAAUAAAUAG